GUGCAUGUAGUGUAUUCUGCAUUCUGAUUCAGUCCAGAAACUCAAUUUCCCGGCUGUCCUUUCGGUUCUCAUUUCCGGUCCUGCGCACAAACGCCCUGCUUGCCCGUUGAGCGUCAGUGUCAUGACAACAGUACGAUGGCUGCAAGAUAGAGGGUGAGAAAUGUGAUUUGUGUGUGAGGAGGAACAACACAUCGGCUUUUACGGACCGGCGUGUGUACGUGAAGAGGCAGCAUGUCUCUGUUCAAGGCCCGUGAUUGGUGGUCGGCAGCGCUUGGCGAGGGGGAGGAGUUCGACCAGGGAUGCCUCUGUGUCGGAGACGUGGACAACAGUGGCACCGGACACGACAAGGUGGUGGUGGGCAGCUACAUGGGGAUGCUGCGGAUAUUCUCCCCAAACGUCAACAAGACCAGCGAGGGAGGUCCGGCUGACGCCCUGCUGCUGGAGGUCCAGCUUAAAAACGCCAUCAUCCAGGUGGAAGUGGGCAAGUUUGUCUCGUGUUCAGAUCUUCUUCAUCUGGCUGUCCUUCACCCCAGGAAGUGUUCAGUCUACUCUGUUUCAGGCACUGCAGGGAACGUGGAGCAUGGAGACCAGUACCAGCUGAAGAUGGUUUAUGAACACAAUCUGAAGAGAACCGUCUGCAACAUGACCUACGGCUCCUUUGGAGGGGUCACAGGUCACCACUCACUGUGUAUCCAGUCCAUGGACGGGAUGCUGAUGUUCGUGGAGCAGGACAGCUACACCUUCGGCAGGUUCCUUCCCGGCUUCCUGCUGCCCGGCCCGCUGGCCUACAGCCGGAGAACCGACAGCUUCCUCACCGUGUCCGCCGCACGCCAGCUGGAGAGCUACAAGUAUGAGACUCUGGCUGUGGCUGCAGAGGCAGAGAGUCGACAGGAUGCCGAUCUGCCGCUGAAGACGGGAGGCAAGAGGCUGACGCCUGACUGGACGUUUGUCCUGGGAGAACAGGCCCUGGAUCUGUGUGUGCCCUCCUCCUCCUCCUCCUCCUCCCCCUCCUCCAUCUUCGUCCUGGGUGAGAGGAACCUCUACUGUCUGCGGGACAACGGCCAGAUCCGCUUCAUGAAGAAACUGGAGUUCAACCCCAGCUGCUUCCUGCCCUACAGCUCAG